AUGUGCAUCGUGCUCUUCACAACGGCACAUCCGAGCUACUCGCUCAUUCUCAUAGACAACCGUGACGAGUUUAUCCUGCGGCCUACGUCACGGCCGCACUGGUGGACGCACCCAGAGUCGGGCGGCGAGGUCCUAUCUUCGCGAGAUCUCCAGAGGGCGGCAAAGGGCACUUGGCUGGGUAUCACAAAGACCGGCAGCCUGGCUGUACUCACCAACUACCGGGAAGCCACUAACGAUGACGCCGAGCACCCGAUACACGGCAUCAAGAGCCGGGGCCGCAUGGUCAACAUGUGGCUCGGGGGACUUGCAGACGAGGGACUGAUGAAGGGCGUAAAUGAGCUCGUCAGGGACGGCGGUGUCAAAGGCGUGGGCGGCUUUUCCAUGGUAUGCGGCAAGCUGAAGCGCAACAGCGAGGGCAUCGCCAUUGUAAGCAACAGGGCUGCCGAGGCGAGCGACGUCCCGAUAGUCGGAUUGGAGCCAAAUGGCGUCUGGGGACUCAGCAACACCGUGUACAACGACCCCAACGAGUGGCCCAAGGUAACGACGGGAAAACGCCUCCUGAAGCAAGUCGCGCAAGACGCCGCAGCAAAGCAUUCCUCUGAAGAAGAGCUUAUUGCAGGCCUGUUUUCCAUUCUCGACACAGAAUCCAUGCCGGAGCGGCCUUCCGGAUGGAGCUUGCAGGAGUACAUGAACUUGAUGAGACAUACCAUAUUCGUGCCUCCCAUCGGCGACGAUGUCAACCGCGAAGAGAUGCAAAAGGCCACCUCAAAGGGGCGUGUCUUGUGGGCUCAUAUGCAAGACGAUCAGAAGGCAGUCGAGGAGCUCAAGCAAGAGUCGAGACCAGAGGUCUCACCCAGCCCGCACCCGUCUAUUGGAUUCGAAGAGGGCAUGUAUGGAACGCAGAGGCAGACGGUGCUUCUGGUGGAUCACGACGGCAACGCAACCUUUGUCGAGCGCGCUCUGUGGGAUGCUAAUGGGAACGAGAUUCCCCGAGGACAAGGAGACGUUGCUUUCCGCUGGAAGAUUGAGGGCUGGGAUGAAUGA